GAAUCAACACAUUUUCAUAUUAAUGAUCUUUAUCUAUCUCCUCAUCAUUUGAUAAUGUUGAUGAUUGAUUUGAAUGCAGGACAGGAAGUACCAACACUGGCAUGACCUUUUGACCCCACAGAAAGAGUUCCUGUUUCUGGGCCUACUUCCUACUACUCUAUAUAAGGGGACACCUCAAGAGAAAAAAGUUCUGGUUCCCUGGAAGAAAUCUGAUCUUCUUGCCCCUACUGUGGAAAAUAUUGAGGUCAUUUCUCUCUCUAAAUGGUUGAGUGAAAAUUGCAAGGAUGAGAAGAUUUCUUUAUUAAAUCCAGAAGAUUUGACCAGAGUGCCUGAGGACCAAGAGUUUUGUUCCUAUCAGGGGGAGAUAACUAAUGUGGACUUGGAGAACUUUGGGUUGUAUCAACUGGAUAAAACUGUUUGGGUGUUGGUGAGCAGUGUAUCACAGCAUCAUUAUCACAGAAGUUUUUAUCUGGGUUCCCACGUCACAGUGUACAACAGUCAUAUGGUGGCCUCCAAACAGGUUCCCAAGAUUUGUUUUCUCUGCUGUACCUGUAGUUGUAUCCGAGUGUCCCAGUUUUCUAACCUCCUUCCACAAACUAAGAACAUAAAAUUGUCGGAGUUUGUCAGACGCCAGCUAUGGAGGUAUUCAGUCUGCAGUACAUGGAUGCUCCAGUUUGCCAGUUUCCUCAUUUCACUCUACUCCAAGUUCAGCUCUCUCUGUCCUCAGUUUGAUUUGUUGUUGGAGAGAUACAUGACCAGCCGUGCUGAGCUCCCAAAAAGAAAUUACCUGCAGGAAUUCCUGUCCUCCCCUCACAGCUGUUUUCUGUACCAGUCCAUACCCGAGAUGGAGCCAAUGUGUCCACUUUUCCCUGACUUGGUUCUGUGCUCUGAUAUCAGUUUUGACACAAAAGCAAUACACAGAGUCGGGCAUUAUCUGAUUCAAGGCCUGAGAAAUACAGACAGACUGAAUAGUGUCCUCUACUGGCUUUAUCAUACCGAGGAUAACCAGCAAAAUAAAACAAAG